AUGUGCACCGUGUAUACUAAUGCUGGGCUGCGGAACCUGUCGGGAGUGAGAGAUGAUGAGGAGGAUGAUGAUUAUGAGAACAUGACACCACCUUACAAGGACCUUCCUCCUAAACCAGGUUCCAUGGCUCCUCCAAGACCUCCACGGGCAGGAAAGAAAAUGGAGAAGCCCUCACUUCCCUGCAAGACCCAGAAGAUGGCAGCAACUCCAGUGCCCUGGAUCAGCCAAGAGCCGAGGGGUCCUGGGCACUGCUGGGAGGACAGACUGAUGGUGUGCCUGUAUCUGCUGGUGGUGGUUUCACUGCUCCUCGGAUGCAUUGGCCUAGCUGUGACCCUGGUUAAGUACCAGGCGGUGGUGGAAGAACUGAGGAUGCUAACCUUUCAGCAGAUGGCAUGGCAAGCAAAUGUGACUGGCAUGUCAGGGCUAGCAGGCCUGAAGAAGGACAUUGACCUCAUAAGAGCUGACACUGACCAGGCCCUGGUGGAACUUCGGGGCUUAUUAGACUGUACCAAGGUCACCUGCCCUGAUGGCUGGAUCCCCUUCGAGGGCAAGUGUUACUACUUCUCCCCAAGCACCAGGUCAUGGGAUGGAGCCCGGAAGUUCUGCCAGGAGAAUUAUUCUCACCUGGUCAUCAUCAGCAGCUUUGCCGAGCAGCUCAUUUUUUGGGAUCCACAGGAACCCAACAACCUUCACGAAGAGGAUUGUGCCAGCAUGAACAAGGGUGGUACCUGGAAUGACCUUUCUUGUGAUAAAACUACAUAUUGGAUUUGUGAGCGGAAGUGUUCCUGCUGA